ACAAAAAUCCCUAGCAACUUGUAUCCUCACGGUCCAGAUCAGAAGGAUAAUGAACUUCGUCUUGAAGAUACUUCUUUCUCCUACGACCAAUGUUUGAAGAUCAACACAGAUUGGACUGGAUUUCCGUUUUUCACAGAAAGGCAUUACAAAUUAUACAUUUGUCGAAAUGGUAUAAUCCAGUUGAAUUAUGAGUGGAGCUGGUGGUGGCCUCGGAAAUUCGGUAUCUACUGGUGGUUUAGAAACAUGGGUAUUAUUGCACCCUUCUGGGCUACAACUGAUACUUAUUUUGCAUUCAGCAAAGGUCAUUCAAAGGUGUAUUACCAAGUGUACAGACAAACGCAAGAAAAAUCAAAUGAAAUUCUGGAUCUGGCUUCAAACCAUGUAAAGAACUAUACCGGAGGAUUUGAUAACUUUAAAGCCACUUGGGUCCUGGUUGCGACGUGGAAAAAGCUCUGUCCAUACUUUUAUUAUUCAUACUACUAUUACUACAAUCAGGAUUUUUCGUUGAAUUGUCCUCGAAGUAACACGUUCCAAGCUGUCUUGAUAACGAACGGAUUUAACACAUUCUUGAUGUAUAAUUAUCCCUAUGGAGGAAUUCAGUGGGUGAUCAACGCAGAUCCGAAUAACUACCGUUACUGGACGAACUACUAUGGUCUUCCUGUGGCUGGCUGGAAUGCAGGGAACGACGGCAAAGAUUAUACCAAUAUGAAAGGUUCUGGUACAUUUGGAAUGUAUGACCUCGAUAAGAAGGAAGGAAACACGGGUGUGCAGGGAAGAUACUUUUGGAGAAUUGAAAACAGCGAUGGAGAAGGUGCACUGGAGAAAUGCUUUAGUUGGGCCAUACUUAAUGAACACUUGAGAUUCCGUUACUGGUAUAAACGACUCAUAGAAUCAGACCGGGAAAUGGCUUGCCCUUGCACUGGGUGGCAGGCGUGGUUUGAUUGGGGGCGAUUCAGAUGGAGUUGGUGGAACUCGUGGCCAGAUUGGUGUUUUGAUUCCAGAAGAUCCAGGUUCAUUUAUCUGUACACCAGGAUUACUGGACUAGUUGGUGUUUCGAUGAGACAACAAUGCUGUUACUCCACGCAAUCGGAAGACUGGGCCUCUCUCAAGCAGGGACCUCCUGAUGGUGGACGGGUAAAAGUGACACUUUUCUAUUACUGGUACAAUCACGUCCAAACCUUUUACACAGAUGAACAGGCUUACCAGUAUUGCUGUGUGGAUCUACCUUUCUGCCAUUUGUUCUAUGCUUAUCGUCCGUCUGAUAGCUGCUCGCUGUAUAGGCCUCCAAUUAGACGGUGGUUCUGGGGUGAUCCGCAUAUCAAGACACUGGACGGUGGGAAUUACACGUUUAACGGUCUUGGUGAAUACACUAUGGUGGAUGCAGAAAAUGGAACAUUUAAUCUUCAGGCCAGAACAAAACUUGCCCAAGGAAACUCAACCACAGCAACCAUCUUCUCAGCAGGAGCUGCUAAAGAAAAAAACUCGAGCACCAUCGAGGUUCGAGUUAAAGACGGAGGAGGCUUCCAUAUAUUGAUUGACAGUACACCCUAUAAUGGCUACAGCAAUUUAACAAAUCGAACUGUGGAGGUUGGUGGAAAUCUUUCCAUCUCAAAACCAGAGGAAAACUGUUUACAAGUUUCUUUCCCGUCGACAUCGUCAGUACAGUUCUGCGAGAAUAAGGAAAUGAUGUCGUUCGUUGUAACUCUUGGUGAUGUCUUGAAAAACGCCACAAAAGGAUUGCUGGGAACAUGGAACGAUGACCCUAAGGAUGACUUUACACUGCCCGACGGGACGGUUUUGCCAUCGACGUCAUCACUAAAAGAGAUUCACUACGGAUUUGGAGUCAAAUGGCAAAUCAACGAAUCCCAGUCUCUCUUCACUUACGCUGAUAAUGAAAGCGUGGCCACUUAUUCGAAACCUGAAUUUGAGCCCAUGUUUGCUGAUAACAUCACAUGGCAUAAUGACAGUCUAAGACAGAAAGCUGAAGCACAAUGUGGAGAUGAUCACGAAUGUCUGUUUGACGUGGCUUCCACCAACGACUUGUCUGUUGGCAUGGUAACCAAAGAUAUAAGCGUCCAGCUGGUGAACGAGUCGAAUACACUGGACAACUUCCCGCCUAAGAUAGUAAACGCUUCAAAUUUGAUAUAUGCCACACUUGGCGAAACAGUUGAGCUGAAUGUAACAGCUGAGGACGAGGGCUCCAUUACUUUUCACGUGAUAAACAAACCUGCAGGAGCCACGUGGAACCAGACUGUAAACAUGUUGUCAUUUCAUUGGCCCGUAACGUCAUCACAAAAGUUUAACAUGACCUUCGUUGCUACUGACGAUAAAGGUGCAAGCGUCAGUUGGAGUCCAACCAUUAGAAUGUGCACCUGCCAACAUGGUGGUCAGUGCGUGGAACCAGAAGAAGGCGACACAGCCAACACUGAUAACAAGUUUAUAUACAUGGGCUGCGCAUGUCAGGGAGGAUACACAGGAAGGUUCUGUGACAGUGACAUUGACGCCUGCGAAAUGAAUGGUCAGCCGUGUUACGCGGGAGUUGAGUGUAUUGAUCUUCCUGCACCAGCUAAUUCCAGUGGAUAUAAAUGUGGACCCUGUCCAUCAGGGUACACUGGAAAUGGAGCUCAGUGUACUGACUAUGACGAAUGCCAAAGUAAUUCAUCAAACAACUGUGAGCAGAUAUGUGUCAAUAUUCCAACUUCUUUCUUCUGUGAGUGUCGUGAUGGAUACUCGCUAAAUGAAGACGGACGCAGCUGUGAUGAUGUUGAUGAAUGCAAUCCAUCCAGCGACUGUAUGCAAAAAUGUAUCAACAGUGAGGGAAGUUACAACUGUUCAUGUAACGAGUUUUUCAAAACUGAUCCUAGUGACUGGAGAAAGUGUGUAGCUAAAAAACCUUGUUCUUCUGAUCAUGGCUGCGAACACGUUUGCUUCCAGGGAAGCAGCAAUGAAGCAACUUGUGCUUGUUUUGCUAACUACGAGCUGGACAGCAAUGAAAAGAACUGUACAGAUAUCAAUGAAUGUGAUCCAGCUAAAGAACUUGAUCGGUGCAAUCAGAUUUGUACAAAUACCCCAGGAAGUUAUAAGUGUUCGUGUGAGAGGGGUUUUGAAUUGAAGAAAGAUGGCUACGAGUGUGAAGAUAUCAACGAGUGUCUGAAUGAUGACUUGUUCAACUGCACGGAUGAGUUUCACAAGUGCGUCAACACUCGUGGCUCUUACAAGUGUGAAUGUGAUCAAGACUUGUACUUCAUUGAUGGAAAAUGCAAAGGUUUGGAGAAAAACGAGACAGUCCCUAUACCAGACCUGGCUGAGCCACGUGUCCCAUCACAAAACGAGAAGCAAGAAGCUGUUCAGUUUUCAAUUCUAAGUGGGGUUGAGUGGGAUUUUGAUAGAGAUAAAUCUUUUAAAGAGAAAUUGGCGUCUGCUACAUCCGAGUUUUGCAGUAAGAACAGGACAACGUGCUCACUAAAAGAAAAACGACGAAAAAGACGCUCUCCAUUCCUAGACCUCUACACCGCUGACCAGGUUCAUCUUCUGCCUGGUUACCCUAGCAACUCAUCAGACUCUCUCCAGGUUGCAUUUUAUGUACAGCAGCCUGCUGGUCUUUUUAUUGGAAAUAUCUCAGUUCUUCCCCGUGACGCGUUGGUCGCCAUUGUAAAAGCUUACAAGCCCGAGAUCGAGGCAGCCAUUGGCGCGAACAUCUCUGAUAUAGAGACUUUAUUCGAAUCCAGCUCACCUACAGAAUACCCAACAGUGAGACCACUGGAGCCAAACAGCAAUGGCUGGAAAUGGAUUGUGAUUGGUAUCAGUGUAGGAUUGGUUGUUCUAAUAGCCGUUAUUAUUAUCAUCGUCGUUGUUUGCUUUAAAAUGAAAGUGAAAUCUGCAGUGCACCCUGAUUUGAAUCAUAAUCCUGAAGAGACUGAAGAAGGAAUAGUCAUGGAAAGUUAUCGAAGAUCAUCAGUGAAAAGAAACGCCUGGCCUGAACAGCCCAGGGCAAGCGUUUCUUGAAUUUUUACGUCAAAACAAAAAAACACGAUCUACUCCACCGCAAGGGAGAAGAGUUGACCAUUGAUUACGAGAAAGUUCUGCCAUCUCAUUGACAUUCGUUGAGAAGGCUAUGAGAGAAAUCAACACUGUCUUGUUAAACUGAGCCCGUGAUGCAAACCGCAGAGCGACGAAGAUCCUUUUGCUCAGAGACGCGAAGUACAGACACGAUGUGUCUAAAAAUGAAAUUUUUAAGAGAAGUCUAAGCUACAUGAUACAAGUAUCUAAGUUAUCAUAGGCUACUGAAAUACCCUCCGGAUAAAAAAUCGUUUAAGACGAUAAUUAUUACCUGAAAGUAUUUAUGGAGAAUAAAACAAAACUAACGAAACGAUGAGUUUAUUUAAGUAGACAUAAACAAAUCAAGACCACAGGACUUCCCUAGCGUCGUAGCAAAAAAGAUAUUUGAGCUUCUCAAGCUCAAACAUAUAUAUAUAUAUAUAUGUAUAUAUACAUAGAGAGAGAGAGAUAUAUAUAUAUAUAUAUAGAUAGAUAGAUAUAUAUAUAUAUCAUGAAAUAUUAUAUAAGUCAAAUCCUUGGAUAUUACGUAAUAUGACCUACGAAGCGAUCGUGAUAUGCAAUCAUCAAAUUUGACUGAAAUUCGGUGACUUGGGACAAAGGAGAAUUAUCAGAAUAUGACUGUUAUCCCAAGAUUCGACUGAAUAUUCCAUAGUGAGAAGUCAAGAGAAAAGGUAUAUUGUUUUUUCAAACCGCAGAACAUAAUACCAGUAUUGUGUAUUUUGUCAGAGAAGGAUCUGUACCGUGUACACUGUAGUGCUGAACUUUUAAGAAUGAAAAUUUCAAAUACUUUCAAUGGACUAUCUUUCAGUGAAAGGAAAUAAGUAGACCCUUCAAGGGGUUUACCCAAGAUUUUUUUCCCUAAGUUAGAAAACUUUGCACUUUAGAGAUCCUGUAUAAUUCAGCUUAUUCUGAGAGUGAUAAUCAAUAAAAUAAAGACAGUUGAACUACA